CGAUUAUCUGUCUAAAAUUGUCUUUGGUUUCAUCACAUGACCCUUUAUUUUGUUCCCGUGAUCAAAUUAAGAAAAUUCAAAAAUAAUAAAGCGCAAUGGCUAAAAUUGAAAAAGUUGAGAUAGACUUACAUGAAGAUUCAAUUGACAGUGAUGAUAGAGAGUUUUUGGAUUUAGUAGAAGAACCUGCUUAUGGAAGUGUAACCAGCGAAACACCACAAUUAGUAACACACACGUAUUUAGAAGGUAAUGAAGACGAGGACAGUUCAUCUUAUAACUUUAGAGAUUUAUCUGGUUCUGUGGCUUACAAAAUAGUGCAAAUGGAUGAAGAAGAGCCAACAAACAAUAUGAAUUCAGAAUCACCCACUCAUCUUAUUCCAAGUGGAGAAUUCUAUAUUAUAAACAACCCAGUAGAGGUUUUUAGCUCAGAUUCUCAAAAGAAACCAAUCAAACGACAACCAUUGCAAGCUAAAGCUGCUACUGCUAAAAAGCGUGAUGAUAAAAGAAGAGCUACCCACAAUGAAGUUGAAAGGCGGAGAAGGGACAAAAUUAACAGCUGGAUUACAAAGAUAGCAGACAUGAUACCUAACUGUGGUCAAGCAGACACUGCGAGUAAAGGCGGAAUAUUGGCGAAAGCAUGUGACCACAUUGCUGAUCUCACUAUGAAGACUAAGAAAUUAGAACAAGUUGAAAAAGAGAAUGCCAAACUAGUACUAGAAGUGUUAAGGCUUAACAAGGAGCUGUCAGAAUUACGAAAAGAGAACUCUUCAAUGCGUAUACAGUUGGCUGACAACUGUAUAGUGGCAAAUUUACAACGGGCCAAAGGACAGAAGUCCUAGUGUAUAUAAUGAUAGUGACUUUGUGGAUUGUGAAGUGUUAUGUUUACAAUUGAAGUGGUUUUGGUUGAUUUCGUCCUAAGGCCCAAAAGUGUGUAGUGACAAUUCUGUAGAUAAUAAAUAAUUAUAUAAAUAGUAGAUAAAAUUCAAUAAGGUAAGAAACAGAAAACAUUGAAGUCUAAUGACACAAUACUUUAACUGAAUUAAGUUGUUCUCCAUAAUUCAAAAAAACUUAGCAAAUUUGUCUUUUUGUCCGUGUCCAAUUAUGUAUAAGUUGUCAGGAAAAGAGACAGCAAUAGUGAAACUGAUUUAUUACAGAUGAAAAAUAGAUUUUUUUUAAUUUACUCAUAGUUUUAUAUUACAAAUCGAUUCUGGUUGUGAUUUAUACUUUUAUGGUAAUCCUUGACAUUAUAAGAGCAUCUCAGUUUUAUUUUUUAUGAUGGGCUUUAGGAUGGAUAUCUGUAGCAAUUAAAAUAAAGAUAUUUCCUAAUGUUAUUGCUUUUGUUUACUGUGAGGCGCUGGAUUCAUUCGCUCCCUGCUAUCACGUAAAACAAAUAUUACUAUAUUUAUGUGAUGUUGCUUUAUAAGUUACUGACAUUAUAACUCAUUUGAAUUAAUUUAAACUGCAUACAAAUUUAUUUACUUAUCGAAUGGGAGUUUCAAAGUAAAUACAUAUAAGUUUAAUGAACUACAGGGCACCUAAAUAACUAAUGAGCCGUAAUUGGGCCAACAUUGGCUGGAACUCUGUGUCCAAACUCUAUAACUUAUUAUGUAGUACAAAUAUUUUGAAAUAAUAUUUAAAGUUACUCUUAAAAGGACAAUUCAUUACUUUAUGUAAUUUAAGUUAUAGAGAUAGGACAUGUUAACAAAGCCAAUGUGUUCAAUUUGAACAUUAUUUUAUAAGAUUAAUUAGAUUGUAGGUUUUUUUUACGACAGGAAAUUUAGGUUUUUGUAAAAUCAUGUUGUCUUUUUUAUUGAAAUUCUAAAUUUUAGUUAUGUUUUAUGAAUGUGUUUUAGAUUGGUGAAAUUGUGAAAAUAGUUGAAAAUAUCAGGCAGUGUUGCCUGUUAACAAUAAUUAAAGUUGGUAACCAUUUGAACCAAAAAUGAAUGAAUUAUUUAACAAAAUGGUGGCCUUAAUAUGCAAUGUUUAAUAUUUGUUGUAAAUACGACGGUAAUUUGAAAUUGUUUAAUAUAGCUUCAAUUGCUUGUUUGGUACAAAAUAUUAGGUAAAUGUGAUUUGGUAUGAAAGUAUUAUAAAAAUGUAUAUAAUUCCACUAGGGUUAACGGAGCUUCUUACUUAUUACUCAUUUUAAUUUGAAAUUAUUCUGAAUGAAUAGCUUUAAUCUUAAAAGUUUAUUUCCAAGUAACAAUUGAACAAAAACCUUUUAUAUUUCAAAUGAAAUAAUUCCACAAGAAAUUGCUCCCUUAAUCCCAACGUUAUGGCUAUAAAUUGUGAUCUUUAUCCUAAAAGUAUUAUUUCUCACUCAAAAUUAUGUUUUUGGAGCGCCGUUGUUAUAUAGAAGUGCCUAUAUGUAUGAGACCAUUGUUAUUUUUGUAUAUAAUUGUUCCAUAUCAAUACAAUCUAAUGGCACUGGUGAGAGAUUAUUAGUGCUCUUAGGUCUAAGCGUUCAUGAAUAAAUUAUAUGACGUUGUAGA